GCUAAAAAUAAYUUACACUGUCAUCGGGAUAUCGAUCGAUCUGUUCUUCGAAGUAUAGUCUUUUCUUUAUUCUACGAGAGUUUUAUAUCAUCAAAAUGGAAGAAACUCUAGAUAAAAACAAGCUUUACGUAGGAAAUCUUCCAUUCAAGACAACAGAGGAUGAUCUACGCAUAAAAUUUGAAAAGUUCGAGGUCGAAGACGUCACCAUUCUGAAAGACAAAGAAACAAAUAGAUCCCGAGGCUUUGGCUUUAUUACUCUUUAUAAUGCUGAAAACGUUCCAAUGGCUAUUGAAGAGUGUAAUGGAAUGGAUUUCGAGGGACGACAAUUAAAGGUUAGCAGAGCAUCCAAAAGAGGGCGUGGUGGAGGCACGUACCAAAAUAAUCCUGACCGAUCUGGUUAUCGUWCAUACAGUGGAUAUAGUGCAGGAGGCGAUGGAGGAGGAUAUGGGCAGUAUGGUUCUGGAGCUGGGUUCAGCUCAGGCCGAGGAGGGUAUGGCUCAGGUGGAUAUAGAUCCGGUGGAUACAACGCAGGAGCAUAUGGCUCGAGUGGAGGAUUUGACUCAACUGGGUACAACGCUGGUUCUACUGGGUAUGGAUCAGGUGACAUAUUCAGUUCAGGGGGUACAGGAUAUGGUUUCAGUUCUGAUGGAGGAUGGCCAGCUGCUAGCACCGGUUAUUAUGGAGCAUCAGGAGUUGGAUAUGGUCAAGGGUAUGGUAGAGGUGGACGAGGUGGAGGUCGAGGUGGUGGUGGAUGGGGUGGGAAUCAGUAAACUAAACUUCUGGAUAACAUAAGGCCUUUGAUCAUCUAACAAACAAGUUGCAUUCUGGUCUUACUUGGGUGCAUACGACACCAUACAAGGAAUGGUGUUUGUACUUGGUACCCAAGCUAGACCAGAAUGCACCAUUGCUUUACUCUUGGAAAAGACCAUUAUAUUUACUUUUUGUAYCCAGGGAUUUUUUCCCCAUUUCAGAUCAUGUGUUAUUCCCUUGUUGAUUGAUAUUUCUUCGUUUACCAGUAACUUAAUUUGAGAUAAAUAAUAAUAAUAUGAAAAUUAUAGAAAAUCUUAUUUUCAAGGGAGUGGACCUUGACCAUACAGCACAAUGUUUAUUCCUAUGGGAAUCAACAAUAGACUUUGUAUAUAAGCCCGAAGCGAGAUGACGUUUUACCCCCGACUCUACACCAUAAUAGUUUUUAAAAUUCUUUCAUAUUAAAAUUUUUGAUUCCUUAGAGAAUACAGGAACAAUAGUCAUAAUUGAAGAACAAAAGCAGUGUGAAAAGGAUCAUGGUCUAGAGACGGGGGUAAAACCUCAUCUCGCUUCAGGCUUCUUCGCCAUUUACAGACAUCUAGUUUGAGCUUGAAAAUAAUGUAUUGCUAUUUUCUAUGAUAAAAAGUUUACCCACAAUAUUUGUUUAAACCUGUGUAAUCUUAUUUUUACUGGUUUGAAGGAGAGGCUACAUUGGAGAAAAUUUAUAGUUAAGGCCAUAAUGACUGCCGCAUGGAAAAGGACCAUGUACUCGGUCUGAAAUAAGGAAAUUUAUACCCUUAUAGAUUAAGUCAAUUUCAUAAUGUCUACAUUUGAAGUAUUGUGUAUGUAGUUAACUUGUAAUGUCAUGUUAGAAUUCUAAGGAGUAAUAAUAGAGGUUUAUGCCAGCAGCAAUUUUAGAUGGCAGAACAAUUCAAUGCCUUUGCUCUAAGGAAUUGAAUUCUUCUUUCUCAUCUGAAACAAUCAUAUUGUUCCCUGCUGUCUAACAUGAAUGCUGUAAACAGAGGAUUCAGUAACCUUGGAAUUAGGAGGCUCUUUUGACAAAACGAUGCUGACGUGUUACUUUUGUUUUUAAUCAUUUAUUGAUGCAGUUGAAAGGGAAAUAGCCAGCAGUAAUAGGUGAAGUACCUUUCGAUCAACUGCUGGUAGCCAUCUUCUAUUGAAUCUCUACUUGAAGUGGUGGUGCAAAACCUGUAAAAUAUUAUCAUUAGACUAACCUUUAAAAUGAAUAUGUUCAAGGUAGGAAAAUAGUCUUGCUUGUAAGGCUGAACUGUAAGAUGCAAGAUAACAGGCAUUGGCAUAGCUAGGAAGGCAACCCCUCCAGUGCCCUACCCUCCGAAACAAUUUACUAAACCUUUGGAUAUGGAAGAAAACUUUAAAGAUUUAAUGCGUACGCAUGCUUGUGUUUUGGUAAAUGGCACUUUGCCCUCCCCCUAUGACUGAGAGCGUCUAUUGUCGACCUUUUUAGCAUGAGACAUGUUUUGUCAUUUAAGAGUCAUUUUGUUUGCCUUAUAUAAGUAAAUAAUAUUAUUAGCAUAAGCUAUUGAACCAGAAACUGAAAACAAAUCCGUACAAAAGACCAUUUUAAAAUGUGGUGUAAACAGUAUAUAACCAUAAGAUAUUGAACUAAAAUGCACAAUACUCCAAUUUAGAGUUCCGUUAGAGUGACCACGAAUAAUAGUUGCAAGUCGAGGCUGCAGUUUCCGUGCAUAGCAAAACUAUACUUUUUAUCAUGUGCAGAAACUUCAGCCUCAGCUUGGAACGAAACUUUAAAAUGGAGUAUUGUGUCCAACUGUAAUUAAUAGUGUUUUGAUAAUAACUUUAUUAUUUUAGUAACUCAUAAGGAUGUUGAAUUAUUUUUCUGAUAAAUGUUUUUGUAGUUGGGGCUUAUUAUGGUUAUAGUUUAUUAAAGGACUGCCAGAUAACUUGA